AUCUGUCAGUCUGUUGUAAUUUACCAGUCAUCUAAGGAAGCUAUUCUUAAUAAGACAUUCUGGAUAUCGAUAAGCAUGAGUUCAGCCAUGACUGGAAUAUCGGAAGACGUGGACCACUCACAUGUACAGGCUCUUUGUGAGGAGGAUGUGAUGGCCGUUAACUCUGUGGGAAUAUCGGCUCUUUCUGAUGAGAUCCUCCUCUGCAUCCUCUGUCAUGUGCCUGUGUGUGACUUGCUGCUGAAUGUGGCACAAGUCUGCCACAAGUUACACACACUUUGUCAUGACAAGACGCUUCUUGCACAUGUUUGUUUGUCUGAGGAAUACACGGCCAGUGACCUAUCUGUGAGGCAGCUAUUGAAGCAGCUGGCCAAUCACGUGCAGUCCCUCAGUCUGAGGGGCUGCUAUUGGCUGUCUGGCUCCACCAUGGAGCAUCUUGUUCGCUGCCGGGCAGUGACACACCUUGAUGUCACUGGCUGUCGGUUCACGUCGCUCCGUCUCUCCCGCCUCCUCGCCUCACUCUCUCUCCUCAAGUCUCUUGCUUUUGAUGUGGCGCCAGGCUUCAACGCAGCCCAGCUAAGUUCAGAGGCAGUUGAUGUGCUGAGCAAUCUCUCCGAGCUAAGACAGACACUUCUCACACCAAGUUACGGCGUGGUACCUUGCUGUGCCCAGUUACGAAGGUUGACACUGCAGUUUGAUAUCCCAGAUGUGACCAGAGAGGGUGCUAGUGUGUGCUGCCAGUUAAUGGUGGGCCAGAGCAGUGUACCACAUUACCAACAGUUAGAGGAGUUCAUUGCAAGACUGGCCCCAGGAGAGGUAAACCAGACCUUGCUCCUCCUCUACCUAGCAGUGUUCAGUGUCCAUGUUCCAGAGCGUCUUCGAGUCUUCCUCAUAUCAAUUCCUGGUCCAAACCCUGCACACUGGUCCACUGCUACCUCAUUGGCCCACAGCUUGGGUCACCAUGGCGAUCUGGAGGCCUUGCAGCUUCCUCGCUCUUGGUUGGAUUCACUGUCAAUCGGGCGAACGCUACAGGGUAGCAGCCCGAGGCACCUCAGCUUCAGUCGUUGCCCAGCAUUAUGGCCACAGGUCUUCCGGUCAUUGCUAGAGGGUGGAGUUAAAGAUACUACACAACUGAUCAGCCUCAACCUCAGUGGGAUGAGCCAUGCCCCUUACUCAGAGUGUGGUGGGAUGCGCGGGGGUGAAGAUCAGCUGGUUCCCACAACGAUGAAUCGACUAGUUGUUGGUUGUCCCAAUCUCAAACACCUCAAUCUUAUGCACACACACUUUCACCAUGAAAACAUGCCUGGGCUUGGUGGAGAAAUGCAUCUUUGCGCUAGCCUGUCCAAACUAGGACACCUACGCUCCCUCGCGCUGGCUGCUUGCGCCCUGUCGGAUGGCUCAAAUUCACACAACCUCUCCUCACAAACUGGCCCUCCUUCCCUGUUGCUCGGGUUGAAAAGGGCUCCCCGUGUGGGGCUCCAGAAUUACAAGCCAGAUUCAGAGCUCUCUUUGUCCAGGGACAGCACCCUAGGGCUGACACAGCUAUUAGCUGGCUGCCCUUUUUUGGAGAUCUUGGAAGUAACCGGCCCUGGUUUUAUUUCUGCCCUACCACGGCUUGAGGCUUGUACAAGGGCCUGUGUGGAGCCUCGUGGCAUGUGUGCAUGGGCUCGAGGAGUCGGUGAUACACAUAUAGCUGCUCUCAAGGCUUUGCCACAUUUAAGCCGUCUGACGCUGGCCGGGCUGCCAGGGGUCCUUAAGGGGUCAGGGCUGGUACAGGUGGCUAAACGAUGCCAAGACCUUCGGACUCUAUCCCUUGCCAAUUUGGGAUCCUUAAAAAACAUGAACUACAACACUGCCCUGUUGGAGACACUCAGACACUGCACACAGCUACAGGAACUCAGGUUGGAGCAGCCCUACCUGAGUGCCAAUGCAUCAUUCUUUGAGGCUUUGUCACAUUGUACUCGCCUGCAACGGCUCUGCCUUAUCUCGCGAAGCGGAACCUUUGACCCUGGUGCUGCAGAAACCUUCAUGGGGCGUUGUUGCAGUGUCAUGAUGUGUCACUUGUUCAUGGGCGGUACCUUGGUGGCUUGUCGCACACUACAGAAAGCAAUACUUGACAGGUUUUCAGCUGAGCGCCCAGCCCUGAGUGUGGUCAUCUAUCCAUUACAGCAUGAAGAUUUGCCUUUAGUCAUUAGAGAUAUUCCCCUAAACCUCCUGGAUGAGACGACCUUGUUCCAGAGCCAUGUGGCCCAAGCCCCACCUUUAUCACCACGGUGACAAUCUUGACAUGUUGCUGUGGGGUCGACAUAACAAUAGAUAAAAUGUUUACACCAUUUGUGGCAGCUGUGAUUUUGAAAUGCCAUCAGAGCACUGUGUGCCAAAACCUCUGAGCCUGAUUGUGUUCAUCUGCAGCUACUGUGUUGACUUUUUUCCAUCCAAGGAAAGGAUAGUAAAUUCAUAGCUGAUGUCAA